AAUUUUGCAUAAAAAAGGGAAAAUUGCAGCUCGCAUUUUGGAUUUCGUUUUCGACAAAAUUAAUCCGAAGGUGCUGUACUAAUUACUUGACUCAGCUGACUGUUACUUAAUUUUGUCAUUUUUGUGAAUGUGUUUCUUGUUUUUCGUGAUCUUGUGAAGUGAUAGUUUACUUCUGUAAGUGUUUGCUGGAUGAAUUAAUUUGGAUCUCUGAAUAUUAUUAAAGGGGGUAAUUCCUGUUCGAUCGUUAUUUGCCUUAUCUGGGCAACUGCACGUGAUACCCAUGAUAAGAACGCGUCGAUAGCGAAGUGCUGGAGACUACUGAGCGAAAACGAUCUCAGUUUAUCGUGAUAUCUGCCAAUGUUUAGAAUACAAAAUUUGCUGCUCUACAGAAAGACCACAAUGUGAUUGCUUUGGGACGAAAAUGCUUUAAGUGGAUCAGAUCCCUUUGUUUUUGGCAAAACUCUUCAGUAUUCGCUUUCGGAUAGGCAUUACGCCAUCACCGUUUUGGUGAAGCUUGUUCCUUUCAUUUCACAAUGUUAACCUUGGCAGCCAGCAGUAUCAUCGCGUCGUUUUAUUUACUAUCGUCUGUGGAAGCGGAUGUCCUUGUAAUUGGCGGUCCCAAAAAUGACACGAUGUAUCGGUUUGCUGACAUGCCCGCUUCUGACCACUUCGGACCAAGUAUUCCCAGUGACGGGCUGGAGGGUUAUUUGGUCUUGUCUGAUCCCAUUAACGGGUGUACGCCUAUCAGACCUCCGCCUCCGGGAUCCAACAUGUCAGUUUUGCGGCCGUGGAUCAUUCUUAUUAAACGGGGUGGCUGCGAUUUCGACACCAAAGUGCUGAAUGCUCAAAAUGCCGGGUAUAUCUCUGCCAUUGUAUACAACAACGGAUCUCAGAAUCUGAUUCCGAUGAGCGGCACCCAUGGCGAUGAAAUUCAGAUUCCUUCCGUGUUUGUCAGCUAUCGUGAUGGCAUUAUGCUGGCUACGGAUUUCACAUGGACAUCGGGUUACCAUAUCGUAAUCACGCCGGAUUAUCCGGUGAUCAGUCUGAAUGCCAUCCUCCUGCCCUUUGCCAUCGUGGUGGGCAUCUGCUUCUUCGUGCUAACCAUGGUGCUGGUUGCCAAAUACGUGAGAGAUCGUCGACGGCGACAGCGUCACCGAUUACCGAAAUCCCAGCUCAAGAAGAUUGCCAUUAAGAAAUUUAAGAAAGGUGAAGGCAAUGACGUCUGCGCCAUCUGCUUGGAUGAAUUCGAGGAAGGAGACAAGAUGCGUGUCCUUCCUUGCCACCAUCAAUACCACUGCAAGUGCGUGGAUCCGUGGCUGUUGAAUAAUAAACGCGUCUGCCCCGUAUGCAAGCGCAAAGUAAUUCCGGGGGACGAUUCGGAUGACGAGGCAACCACGGGCGGCGGACGGAGCUCGGCCGAGCCCAGCGAAGUUACUCCGCUUCUUUCCCCAGCCCAUAACGCUCCUCUGGAGAAUGACUUGCCAGUACAGCAUCCUGCACACCUGGUUAACGUGGAAUUCAUUAGUGACGAUGAAGACGAUGGGAGCAGCGAGAGCCGAACAGUGCGGACCACCCACCCUGUAACCAUCACCUCGUCGCCGUCAUAUAACACCGACGAGAUGCCCUCGACCAGUGGGACGUCGUACUUCUCCACUGUCACCGAAGUAUCCCCGCCGUCGGCACCGACUGGCAAUGAGACCGAUGAUGAUAACGAUGUACCGCUGAUCCGGCUGACGGAUUCGAAUGAUUCGCUGAUAAGACGGGUUUAAUUGCGGUGGCAUGGCAUUUCAGUUGGAUUACCUACAUUUCGCACGCUUGUAUGCAUCCUACGGGUGAUAACGCUGAUUCUUUUUUUUUGUUUUGAAACGGUUUCGCAUGGUAUUAGGAUGGCAGUGUUUUGGUUUGUUUUUCGCUUUCAGGGAAUGAACCCGAUGAUUCAGAGAAGAUAUUGCGUCUUAAUUUUGGAAGUUUUAUAUCGUAUUAUUAGGUACGUGUGUGACUUUGUAUAGAUUAUACCUUUGUUUCGAUCUGAUUAUGCUGGAUGUUUUUUUGUGAUUGUUUUUUCAUUGUGUUAAGCCAAGUGUUUAUUGUGCAAAAACCGCCGGAAAUUCGUUCAGUAAACUGAUUAGCUACCACUA